CAGCUGUUCUCGCGACUGAAGCAGGAGUGUCCGUCGUUCCUGGACAAGGUGACGAUAAUCCCGGGUGACGUAUCGGAGGCGACGUUGGGUCUCAACGAGAAGGACCGGGAACGUCUCAUCGAUGACGUUGAUAUCGUCUUCCACGCUGCGGCCACUGUCAACUUCGACGAGAAAAUCAAGAUGUCCGUCAACAUCAACAUCAGAGGCACUCAACAGAUUCUCCACCUUUGCCGACAGUUUAAACACCUAAAAGCGGUAAUUCAUAUCUCAACAGCUUACGGAAACUGCAACAGGAGAGAGGUGGAGGAGCAAAUAUACGAAUCGAAAAUGCCUUCUGAAGCGAUAUUGCAGAUGACUCAAAUCAUGGACGACGAAUUCCUUGAUUCUGUUACUCCUCA